AGGACGUCGUGCGAGCAUGCUCACUCGGGAAGAUCUCUGACGCGCAGGAUGGGCGGGCGCGCUCCGCCGCCGCGCACUCGACUGACUGUGAUACACAACCCAACUGAUUAGUUAAUAGCCUAGUAGUACACGCGUAGUUACGUCCGCGGCAGACUUUGAGAGACAGUGUGAUCGUGAAGCCGGCCCUAUGAUCGUCCCCAUGGCAGCGUAUGCACAGUUCGGCUACUCCUACCCGUCCGCCUCGCAGUUGCUGGUGGGCAGCUCCGGCGCGGGCGGCGCGGCCACGUCGCCCGACGGCGGUUCCAGCUCCGCGCCGCCGCUGUCGCCGGGCGGGUCGGCGGUGGCCGGCGGCGCGCUGUCGCCGGGCGCGGGCUCGCAUGCCAGCACGCCCGCUGCGCCGUGCUGCGACACGCCGAGGCCCGUGCUCACCGACCCGGUGUCGGGCCAGACGGUCUGCUCGUGCCAGUACGACGCGCGCCUGGCGCUGUCCUCGUACCCGCGUCUGUCCAGCGCCGCGGUGGGCGUGUACGGCGCACCCUACCCGUCCACCGACCAGAACCCCUACCCCAGUAUCGGCGUCGACAGCUCCGCGUUCUACUCGCCCUUGAGUAACCCGUACGCUUUGAAAGAGGGAAGCGGCGAGAUGUCGGCGUGGACCUCAGCGGGCCUCCAACCCUCCGGUGGCUACUACCCCUACGACCCCACGCUCGCGGCCUACGGAUACGGAGCGGGGUACGAUCUAGCCGCAAGGCGGAAAAAUGCGACGCGGGAGUCCACCGCGACGCUGAAGGCCUGGCUCAACGAACACAAGAAGAACCCUUACCCCACUAAAGGGGAGAAGAUAAUGCUGGCCAUCAUCACCAAGAUGACGCUUACGCAGGUGUCCACGUGGUUUGCGAACGCACGUCGGCGUCUCAAAAAGGAGAACAAGAUGACUUGGGAGCCCAAGAACAAGACGGAUGACGACGACGACACCAUGCUCUCCGACGAGGAGAAGGAAGAGGAUAAAAUAAAACCAAACAAAGAUGAGGAAAGAAAGGGGGACGAGCUUCUCCAGGGCAUGCACAGCCAGUUGCUCGGGUACGGAAUAAAGGAAGAAUCCAAGCGAGGGACUUCGGACUGCGGCGUGCCCAUACCAGCGUCAAAACCGAAAAUUUGGUCUCUCGCGGAUACCGCGGCGUGUAAAACUCCCCCGCCCGCCGCGCAGCCGUGGCCCCAGCACGGGUACGGGCCAGGACCGGAGCGUUCUGUGGCCGAUGGCAGUUCGAAUGGCUUCGCCUUGCCCGCGACGGCUGCAGCAAGUCCCGCAAGUGGGUCGUAUGGAAGAUACGGUGGUUUCCCCGGACAAUAUGGGAAUCAGCAUCCGUGCGUGCAUCCGGCAGCGUUUCCCGACGUGCAAACCGACACCCCGCCUCAAACACCGCCUAACAUGAAAGUGCCAAGUGUGGCCAACCCGCUGGGCAGCGGAGGAGGAUCUGGCUACUGCUUUCCGCGGCACCAGCAGUCUCCCCAGCGCGACCCUUACCACAACCCUCACCAUGCGAACAACCAUCAGCCCAAUCCGCAUCACAAUGAGGGCUCAGCUGCCUUUAAACCAUUCUACAAAAGGUAAAGCAUGUGGCACCUGGGUCGCGGCACCUUCGACUAGACACUCCUAGAGACUUCACUGAGAGACCACAGCGGCGCAGGGUUGUUCUUUCCGUUACGCUAUGGACGGACGGAAACUGCGCAACCACUGUUUCACUGUUUCAACUUUAGUAACGCACGUUGCAACGAUCUUAGAGCCUUGGCCCUGGUUUUUUUGACAUUGAAAUCGUAUUAUAUCGUGACGUAGAGUUCAACAGUUGUGGUAUGGACAUGUUCCAAAAAGCGAUUUAAAUGUCAAAAAGAAUGAGUGCCUUCGUGUUCCACCACUGCCCACUAUUGUUAUAAUAUAGUGUGUAAAACAUUACCUUCGUAAACUUUUUGGUUAUUUAGAAUAAUUUAAAAUUCCUAAAUUUA